CUCACCCUCAAGCCUGUCAUUAUACUCACUUAGCUGCCAAAAAGACCUCUCACAUCCUCUGUGCACAGGUCUAUUGUGACUUAAACAACAGUUCACACCACUCUGAGAUGGAGCUUCUCGGUGUCCCACAGCCUGUCACCUGCUUUUGGGAGGAAAAAUAUCAGAUGCUAGAGCUGAACCAGCGUCUUGAAUCGUACUUAGGCUGUGUGAAGCUUCUGGAAGAGGAAAACAACCUACUACGAGAAGAGAUCCACACUCUCAAGAAGAGCAGUGAUUCAUCAGGCCAGCGCAAAGCUCAAGAAGAAGCACUUAGCCAGGCCAGGAGGAUGAUGGAGGAGGCCUGGAGGGCGAAAUACCAUGCAGAGCUGGAGGUGGAGAACUUGAUCGAAGAUAUGGAAAAGGUGGGCAUUCGAAGACGUAAAGAGAAAGCAGCACAGGGUGAUGCACAGAGAAGACUGGCAGAGAGUAAAAAGGAGCUAGAAGAGGAGCGGAGAGCUCAGAUUUGGCUAAGAGAGAAGGUUGCCCAUCUUGAGAGUGAGCUUCUGCUACAGGUGCAAGUCCACCAGGAGAACAUGGAAACCUUACAGGCCUCUCUGCAACAGACAAAGCUUGUCUUAAUGGCCCCUCAGCCCACACAAAUUCCCAGCAUCCUUGACCUGGGACAGGAGUACAGCCAUAGAACAGCUGAAGCAUGGCGGGAGGCAACCACAAACUAUCACAGACAGGUUGGACACCUGGAGGAAAGUCUAAAUCAGGCCAAAGCUAACAUGGCAAAGAUUCACCAGGACAAGAGAGAGAAUCAGCAUCAGGUUAAACAUCUGGCUAAGGAGCUGGAGAGUACUAAGACUAAGAGAGAGAUGCUGGAGAAGCAUGUAGGACGACAGAGAGAAGAACACAGACAGGAGCGUCAAUAUUUACAGGCUCAAGUAGAUGCUCUGGAGGAAGAGAAAGACAGACUGGGACAACAGAUAAACAGACUGAUGGAGGACAAACAAAACCUGCUGCAGGUGAAGAUCUCUCUUGGACUUGAGGUGGCCACGUACAGAGCUUUGCUGGACAGUGAGGGGCCGAGAACCAACAGACCAACAUCAAACAAGACCAACUCUGCAUUCUUUUUAGAUGCACUCUCAAAGCCCACUGGGACCCACCCAACCUCCCAGACCAAUGCUGCUUCCUGCCAUUUCAGCAGUACUGUGGCUACAAGUCACAGAUCAAUCACCUCUUCUCAAAAUCUGCUGACCGGUGAGACUCCAACAUGGACCCUGACACGAGGGACCCCACAAAGAACACAAAGCAAAAUCUCAGUGACAAAUGAGACAAGGGUUAAUAUCCCUGAGGAGAUCGAGACUGCUGCAGAAGAGUCUGUAGAUCAUUUUAGGACAGAGAAUGUCCAUUAUGACAUAUCCCUUGCAUCAACUUUCCUCCAAACAGUUACCGACAGUGUCACUACAGAUCCUGAACCCAAACCAGAAGAUAGUGAAGUUCAGAAAGAGGAUGAACCAAAACAACCUCCGGCAUCUCAGUUGGUUGAAUCUAAAAUGGAUGAAUCUGCAUUAAUAAGUGUGUCAGCUGACCAACCAAGUAGCCUCUCCCAAACUCCAGAGACAGAAAGCUGGGCUGGUCAAUUCACAGAUCCUGCUGUAGUUUCAGUAGUAGGAAAGGAUGAAGACACAGAAGUAUCUGUGGAAAUGGCACGGAUCUCAUAUGCACCAAGGGUUGCUUGGGAGGAAAAUAAAAUAGAUGCAGAAGAUAAUAAAGAGGACGCAUGUGAGAUGGAUGUAAGAUCACAGAACAUUAAUGAAAGUAACAUAUUUGAUUAUGGAGGUGCAGAGAGUGAUAAUAAUGGAUUAACAUCGAGCCAGGUCAGAAUAAACACCAAUAAACUGGCUUCAUCUUUGCUAGACCAAGGACCAUUAUAUUCUGUGGGUGGUUUAGGCUAUAUGGAAGAAAUAAAUGAAGAUUUAAUAAUACCAGAUGAACAGAAAAAUGAGAGCAAUAUUAAUGAGGAGCUGACAGAGCUAAUGAACAGUGAAACUGAAGCAGAGAUUGACUCUAUUGUUGAGUGGGAAAGACAUGAAGAAGACGAGGGAGAGAAUGAGAUGAAAGUCAUGAGUCUUGACUCUGAGAUAGAAGAUGAGAGUGAAAUGGGAAUCGACAGUGAGGUGGAGGAGGAGAAGAAGGGAAUAGAGAAUGUGAUUUUGACUGAAAGAGAACAUGAAGAGAUUGAGGUGAUUGAGAGAGACAUUGCUGUACAGGAGGAAAGCCUUCCUCAUACAGGAGAAAAAACUGUGGACCUGGAUCAUCAAAAGAGUCUAGAAAGUAACGUACCUCUAGCUGAACUCAAUUAUCAGUCUAUAGAUGAAGAUUGUUCUUUGUCUGAGGAAUAUGAGAGAGAAGAAGAAAACAAAGUUGAUGAAGAUGACUCCCCAAACAUCUUUGCCUCUUUGAGAACUGAUCCUGGUGAAUAUGACAGCUACACUAAGGAGAAUACACUUGCAGACACUCAUCCCUUGAUUUGUUAUAAGAGUGAUAAGGAAACAGAUAUUAACCCACAAGCCUCACAUGUUGGAGUCAGUGAGACUAGCGACAGUGAGGAUGAGAAAGAACGAAUGGAAGGAGACUGGUGGGGUGAGAACCCCUCAAAAUGCUUCAACACCAUGGAGGAUCUCUCAGAAAAAACAGACAUGGAUGUCAUUGGAGAGAUAAUGACAGAAGAGUUUAUUCAGACAGAACAAGUACUAGAAAAUAGGGAGCAUAUGAUUCUUCAGAGUGGACAAGAUGGCUCUGAAUGCCACGAAAGUUUGGUGGUGGACGUGGUGGAAAAAGAAAAUGCAAGGACUGAGCUCAAGGAAAACCAUAAAGAAGAGGGAGAUUAUAUUUUGAGAGAUGACGAUCAUGAUUACAAGGUUGAUGAGCAAAAUGAGAAGCCUAUACUGAGUGAAGAGCAGCAAAUUCAUCACACAGAACAGGCUAACCAGGUUGGCGAUGAAACAACCAUUUCAUAUAAUCAAGAAAAUGUCAACAUGGAACCGUUUUCAUGUCUUAACCAUCCAUCCUCAUUACCAUAUUUGCCAUUCCCUGAAACGUCCCAGCAAGUAGAGCCUGAAAGUUCCAUUGAAGUUUCAUCAACUCUAACCCUGUCCCAAGACCCAUUUAUAACCAAAGAAUCACCCAUUAAAGAGGAAGAUGUCCAGAACAUGUCCAUAAACACCAACGUGGAUCUCAUGAAUAGCUCAGAAGAUGAGUCUCCAAAUGCCAGCCAAUGCCCAACCCUUCAAAACCCAACCCUUUUAGCAAUGUCUACUUUCAGUGAACAAGCAUUAACCUUGGGAGGUCAGUUUGCUAAUGCGGUAAUCUCUAAUAUAGACAAUGAUGUGCCUAAAGAAGUGUUUAGCAAGGACUUAAUGGAGAAGAGCAUGGAUAGAAACAUGGGCCAACUUUCUCCAGGGCAUGAGACUGAGAAUUUGGGCAGUCCAAACAGAAUGCUGAGUGUAACGGAAAAAAUCUUUGGCAAUUUUGAAGAACAUCUUGAAAGGCCAGCGGAGAGCUUUUCCAAAAAAGAAUUAAGUAUGAUAGAUAUCUUCAAAAGGAACAAUCCAGAGGAGGAUGAAUUACAGUCAGUGGAAAAGGAAAGUGAGAUUCACAGCAUUUUUAGCUCUAGUUUGAAGGAGGAUUUGUGGAGCGAAGACAAAACAGAGAUGGCAGCUACGUACAACCCAGCCCAAACUGAAAUUUUUGCACAUGAUCAAAUCCACUUAAACCAGGAUAUGGUCUUUGGAGAGGAGUGGAGAGAUUUGGGGGACACAACAACAGCUAAUGGAAAUACUAAAGAAGAAAUCCUCAAAAGCCAGUCAAAAGAUGAGAAGCUGCAGCAUAAGGAUGAACAGACAGGGCAUAAGGAGAUGGUCCAAUCUGAUGACUCUGUUGAUGAUGGGGAUUCCUGGUCCUCUGGUGAUGAGUAACAGUUGUGUGGAAUGUUAGCUUGACCCAAUGACAUGUUUUGAGCAGUUUAACACUAAACCAAAAACCUAGAAAGUAGUAGUAAUGUCAUAUACUGUAGAUAGAGUGAUAGAUAGAUAUACAUAUUAUUAAAGGUAUAGUUCACCAAAAAUUUAAAGUCUGUCAUUAUUUACUCAUUCAUGAUGUUCCAAAUCCAAACAACUUUCUUUCUUAUGUGAAACACAAAAGGAGAUGUUAGAACGAAUGUUAGGGUCUGACAACAUCAGUAACCUUGGGGGAAUGGUUAGAUAUAAUUCUUCUUUGAUUUAUGAUUGUUUUUACACCUAAAGGGAGUGUAAGGGGGCCCCUCAAGUGCUGUGAUUAGAUUUGAACACUGUCUUUAAGCAGCAAUGGAAGUUUGCAGUGAAAAAAAAAACAGAAAUUAAACUUGGAAAAAACAGAGUGCAACAUGUAUAAUGUGAUUUCUCCUUAAUGAGUUAACAGC